GUGGAGGGGCCGCAGGACAUGGAGGGGCUGAGCCAGCGCUGCCCGCUGCCCGCCGCUGCACAGGGCUGCCCCCGGCCCGGCCGCGGAACCGCGCUGCUGGUGCUGACGCUGCUGGUGCUGGUGUACCCCCUGCUCCAGGGCCUGGCCGUGCAGCUGCACUCGGCUCUCACGGGCAGAUACAUCCCAGGGACGCAUUCCAUCGCCUUCGUCAACUGCCUCAACGAGCAGAUCGCCAGGGACAUCGCCAGGGCCAUCAUGGAUAAGAGACUGGCUGCCUGCGUGAACAUCCUGCCCAAGAGCUCGGCGUUGUAUUUCUGGAAAGGGGAACUGGAGGAAUCCACCGAAAUACUGCUGAUCCAUCCAUCCCUUCGAAAUCCCCGACAUCGUCAGCCUGCCCAUCGAGCAAGGAAACCCUCUCUACCUCAGAUGGAUGGAGGAGAACGUCCCGCGGGACUGAGGAGCGAAACGUGCGGCUCGCUUCUGGGCACACCGGGACCCCGCCGAGCCUUUCUCUUCUGGGGUUCGGGGUGGGGAACCCUCCGCUCCCCGACCUGCCCCGGAGCCGCCGCAGCCUGAGCCGCCGGCACCCGUGGAUGAGGAUACGCGGAGAUGUUCCCGUCGGGCGGCUCGGGGCUGCCUCGGGCUGUCAGCAGCGAAUUCCAGCCGGGAGCCGCGGCCCGGCAGCCCCCGCAGUGCCUUGUGUCCCCCACAGCCAGCCCCGAACCCCGCCCGGGCCCCGCUCCCCGCAUCCUGCCCCGCUCUGCCUCAGUUUCCCCAGCCCGGGCGCUGCAGGAUGUGGCCGCGCCUGACGCAAUCCGAGGAAGGAGCGAACUGCAGCAAACCCGGCCAGGAUCCAGCAGGAGCCCAGAGCAGCUCAGUCCCGGAGAGCUGGGGUGAGCUGGGCAGCGCCCACGGCCAGCUCCGGGGACACCAGUGCCACCAGGAGCACGGCACUGUGUCCCCGUCUCCCCACCUGAGCGGGGCCUCUCUGCCCAGCGGAGCUUUGUGAAAAGAUCCUGAUGUUUGUGGGGUGUAACUUAGGGGGUAUUUCCGAGUUCUUUAUGUGGCUGGGAAGGGAGCAAGCAGCGUUCCUUACCUGGGCAGGAGAGGCCUGGGCCGGGCUGG